UUUUUCCUGUGUAUGAAAUUCUACCACAUAUCUUUGAAAUUCCUGUGUUUUCUCUCUCUUACCUGUUCUCCUCCCAUCUCAUCUCCUUAUAUCUGUCGCAGGAACCUUCUAGAAUUGCCAGAAGAUGCACGCACCCUUCGCUCAACGCUUCUCUCUCUAAUCCCUUCUCCCUCCCUCCAUUUCCUACCAGAUCUGCUUCGAUACCUUCAUCUUGAGGAUUAGGUGAACGGUGAUGGUUCCACCUCCCGGAGAGCAGAACGGUGGAGAAUCGACGGCCAGCGAUGCACCGAGGUCUCUUCCGACGCCGUUUUUGACAAAAACGUACCAGCUUGUUGAAGACAAUAGCAUUGACGAUGUGAUCUCGUGGAAUGAAGACGGAUCCACCUUCAUCGUCUGGAAUCCCGCUGAGUUCGCUAGAGAUUUGCUUCCCAAGUAUUUCAAACACAACAAUUUCUCAAGUUUUGUUCGUCAACUCAACACCUACGGAUUUCGCAAGGCUGUACCUGAUCGAUGGGAAUUCUCUAACGAAUGCUUCCGUAGAGGUGAAAAACGACUUCUAUGCGAUAUACAGCGUCGGAAAAUAGCGACGGCUCCAGGGAUGGGAUCUCCUUCGAAUUCAGGCGAAGAACAAGUCAUCUCGUCGAAUUCCUCACCAGCGAAAGCACCUAUACUUAUACUAUGUCGAGAUCGAGAGACGAGCUCGGCCGAGCUUAUAGACGAGAACGACAGGCUAAGGAAGGAAAAUAUGCAACUCAACAGAGAGUUGAGUCAGAUGAAGAAUCUCUGUAACAAUAUUCAUUCCUUGAUGUCAAACUACGCGAAUAACCGACCGGAAAGCGGUUCUCACUCGGUCAAACCGCUCCAUCUGUUGCCGAUGAUCCGGUUCACCGGCGGCGUUAACAACCAGUCGAAACCGGAGGACGAAACGAGCCCGAGAUUGUUUGGAGUCCCGAUUGGUAUGAAACGGUCGAGGAGGGAAGGUGAAAGUGAGGCGCAUCAUGAGCUGCCACUGCAACUGGGUUGGACGGAGCUGAAAUCAGAGCCGUUGGAUCAUCGGGACGGCGGUGAAGAUCAAGAGACCACUCCGUGGCUCAGACAGUGUCACCGGACAAAUCAAAGGGUGUGUAAUUGAUCGAUUGUU